CUCCCCAGACCCAUUGAAGUGCAAUUUGUAUCGGUGUCGGAAUGUUCAGCCACUGAGAAGCAGAGAGCGCACAAGGUUACAGAUUAAUGAGGAAGGAAGUCACCGCUUGCACCAGGAACUAGUCGAUGAGGAACGGAAGCAGGUUUAUCAUUUCACCAAUUUGCUGUCUUGACUCGCUGUUUCCCACAGAAUCACCACAUCCUCCUACAACUGAGCCUGUAGUCCAACCAAAAACAGAGGGAGAAACAGGUCAUUUAGAGAAUGCUGCAUUUUCUAUAAGAGUCUACUUUAAGGAACUGAAUUCUGAGGGUGCAGGUUCACAGUCACUGCUGUAUUCUGGAAUCUCACCGAAUAUGCUUGGUAGUGGCGGCAAAAGUGAUUCACCUUCUGAUCCAGGUCUUUGUCGAUUAAGGAUUUUGGCCUCCCGGGUUUAAUGUCCAUGUGCCAUCGACACGCGGAAUGGAUCAGAUGGAUUGUAAACCUUACCAGCCGCUGCCCAAAGUUCGGUGCGAGAUGGAACUAGCGUACACAAGUUCAUCAGACGAGAGCGACGAUGGCCAGAGCACCCACAAAUCUCUGGACUCCAGGGAAACGCUCCACGAAUACAGUAAUGAGUUGCGGAUGAAUUACAACUGUCAUAAGAAAGAUAUUAUGCAAACAGUUGAAGAAUCGAGGCAAGCUAUAGAGUUCUGUGAAGCUCCAUCAGUGUUGUGUGGUGGAUAUCAGACAGACAGAUGCGAUCCUUCUCAGCACGGAUACCCAAUGAUAAUGGGAUCUGAUGUUGACACCGAGACAGAAGGGGCGACGUCUCCGGAUCACGCUUUACGGCUGUGGAUGCAAGAAAUCAAAUCGGAACACAGCUCAUGUCUCUCAAGCCGAGCAAACUCGAUGCUUUCCCUCACUGACACUGAACAGGAAAGGAAGUCUGAUGCAGAAAAUGAACUGCCUGUUGGAUCUCACAGCAAAUUCACAUUCAGGCCCCUACCACCGCCACCACCGCCUCCACACGGCUGCACGUGUCGAAGCCAACAAACCCACUCCUUGGACUCACUGCAGAGAAACACAAUGACUCUGCAAAGCCACCUCAGCCCAGCGUCCACUGAGCCUCCUGCCAACGCCCAACAAGAUACAGCACAGCUCCACAACAGCUGGGUGCUUAACAGCAACAUACCACUGGAGACCAGGCAUUUCUUGUUUAAACCAGGGUCUGGGACUUCCAGUCUCUAUGGUACCACCAACCCAAGCUAUCCUCUGACCUCGAACACUGUUUACUCUCCGCCUCCGAGACCCCUUCCUAGAAGCACUUUCUCCAGACCUGCCUUCACUUUCAACAAACCUUACAAGUGUUGCAAUUGGAAGUGUACAGCUCUAAGUGCAACAGCCAUUACAGUAACACUCGCCCUCCUUCUUGCCUACGUUAUUGCCGUGCAUCUGUUUGGCCUGACAUGGCAGCUGCAGCCGGUCCACGGACAACUCUACGAGAACGGGGGAAGCAAAUCUUUCACUGGGCUGGAAAACCUGGAUAUCACCUCUUCGACCCAGGGUGGAAAAGGCUCAGACAAAGAUGACAUGAAAGACAAAGGAGGUCUCGGAGGAAAAACUGUGAAUGUGUUUCAACGAGGGAGGGCCAUCGACACAGGAGAAGUGGAUAUUGGAAUGCAGGUGAUGCAAACCAUUCCCCCAGGUCUCUUCUGGAGGUUUCAAGUCACCACAGAUCAUCCGCUCUACCUGAAAUUCAACGUGUCAUUGGCUAAAGAUGCCUUGUUGGGGAUCUAUGGUCGACGAAACCUUCCGCCCACCCACACACAGUUUGAUUUUGUGAAGCUCUUGGAUGGAAAGCAGUUGAUUAAGCAUGAAGUGAAAACGUCGGAGAAAUCGAAGAACACACCUCAGAAUUUAAUACUGAUGACCCUUCAGGAGGCCGGAUUCAUCGAAUAUAUGGAUGCAGGAACAUGGCACUUUGCCUUCUACAAUGAUGGGAAGAAGGUGGAACAGGUCUUUGUACUGACGUCUGUAAUAGAAUCAAUGGAUGAAUGUUCUACCAAUUGCAAUGGAAAUGGAGAGUGCGUGUCUGGACACUGCCACUGUUUUCCAGGAUUCAUUGGACCCGACUGUGCGAGAGACUCGUGCCCGGUACUGUGUAGUGCCAAUGGCCAGUACGACAGAGGACACUGCUUAUGCCACAAUGAAUGGAAGGGGCCUGAGUGUGACGUGCCAGGGGAUGAGUGCAUUGAUCCAACCUGCCACGGUCAUGGCACAUGCGUCGCUGGGAUGUGCAUCUGUGUUCCUGGCUACCGUGGAGAAAGCUGUGAGGAAGAAGACUGCUUGGAUCCGACGUGUUCAGGACAUGGUGUGUGUGUGCAGAGUAAAUGCCACUGUACUGCUGGCUGGGGAGGUCUCAAGUGUGAAACGCCGGCUCCAGUUUGUCACGAGCAAUGUUCGGGCCAUGGAACCCUCCUGCCCGACCCAGACACCUGCAACUGUGACCUCAACUGGACUGGGCCUGACUGCUCCACAGAGAUCUGUGAGGUGGACUGUGGUGAGCAUGGCGUGUGCUUGGGUGGCCUGUGCCACUGUGAGAAAGCAUGGGGCGGCCAGGCCUGUGACCAGCAUGUCUGCCACCCUCGCUGCACAGAGCAUGGAAAGUGUAAGGAAGGCAAAUGUGAGUGCAGUUCUGGCUGGGAGGGAGAGCACUGCACUGUCGCACAACAUUUGGAUAAUGUUGUAAAAGAGGGAUGCCCCGGGUUGUGCAAUGGAAAUGGAAGAUGUACACUGGACCAAAAUGGAUGGCAUUGCGUCUGCCAAGCAGGCUGGAGUGGAGCAGGAUGCAACGUCAUCAUGGAGAUGGCGUGUGAUGACAACCGAGACAAUGAUGGAGAUGGUUUAACAGACUGCACGGACCCGGACUGCUGCAGACAAACCAUUUGUUACACUGGACAGCUCUGCCAAGGAUCACCUGACCCACUUGACCUGAUUCAGCAAAGCCAAUUGCCCUUUCCCUUCCACCCCCCAAGACUCUUCUAUGAUAGAAUCAAGUUCCUGGUUGGCAAAGGGAAUACCCAUGUGCUCCCCAGUGAUGGUCUGUUUGACAGCAACAGUGUCUGUGUGGUUCGAGGGCAGGUGGUCGCUGUGGAUGAAACCCCACUGGUCGGUGUGAACAUCAGCUUCCUGAACCAUGAAGACUAUGGGUACACCAUCAGCCGACAGGAUGGCAGUUUUGAUCUCGUGGCAAUUGGAGGGAUCUCCAUCACGCUAGUCUUUGAGCGCGCCCCCUUCAUCACGGUAAACCGCACCCUCUGGUUGCCAUGGAACAGGUUUGUCGUUAUGGAUAAAGUCAUCAUGAAGAGAACAACAUCUAAUCCUCCUUUCUGCGACCUCAGUAGCUUCUCGACCCUGAAUCCGAUUGUUCUUCCUUCGCCGCUGACCACGUUUACGGGGUCUUGUCCGCAGCGAGGACCUGCCAUCCCAGAAAUACAAGUUGUGCAGGAAGAGAUUGCAGUCCCAGCCAGUUUUGUGAAGCUCAGCUACCUCAGCAGUCGGGCUCCUGGGUACAAGUCUUUGUUGAGGAUUGUCAUGGCCCAUGGCUUCAUCCCAACUGGAUUAGUCAAGGUCCAUUUGAUGAUCGCUAUUGAGGGCCGCCUCUUCCAGAAGUGGUUUCCUGCCAGGCCUGACCUCGUGUACACUUUCACAUGGAACAAAACAGAUGUUUACGGGCAGAAGGUAUCUGGUCUCGCCCAAGUGGAAGUUUCAGUGGGUUAUGAAUAUGAAGCCUGUCCUGAUGUGAUUCUCUGGGAGAAACGGACUGCCAUUCUUCAAGGGUUUGAAAAGGAUGCCUCCAAUCUCGGGGGAUGGUCCUUGGACAAGCAUCAUGCGUUGAAUGUACAAAGUGGGAUACUGCACAAAGGCAAUGGAGAAAACCAGUUCAUAUCCCAGCAGCCAUUUGUCAUUGCCAGCAUCAUGGGAAAUGGCCGCCAGCGAAGUGUGGCCUGUCCAAACUGCAACAGCCUGGCAAAGGACAAUAAACUGUACGCACCAGUCGCUCUGGCGUGUGGCUCAGAUGGCAGCAUCUACAUCGGGGACUUCAAUUUUGUCCGUCGAAUCUUCCCGUCUGGAAACGCCAUCAAUAUUUUAGAGUUGAGAAAUAGAGACAUGAGGCACAGCCACAGCCCCGCUCACAAGUAUUACCUCGCGGUCGAUCCAGUUUCGGGAAUGCUCUACCUGUCGGACACCAGCACCAGGAGAGUGUACAGAGUCAAGUCCCUCACGCAAACCAAAGAUCUCUUAAGGAAUUCUCAGGUGGUGGCUGGAACCGGUGAUCAAUGUCUCCCAUUUGAUCAGAACCAUUGUGGAGAUGGGGGCAGAGCCUUUGAAGCCUCACUCACCAGUCCCAGAGGAAUAGCUGUAGACAAGUAUGGGUUUAUCUUCUUUGUGGACGGGACCACCAUCCGAAAGGUCAAUCAGGACGGGAUCAUCACGACGAUAAUCGGCUCCAAUGGCCUGACGUCAACGCAACCUCUGAGCUGCGACUCGGUCAUGGAUAUCUCACAGGUGCGCCUGGAGUGGCCGACUGACCUGGCCGUCAACCCCAUCGAUAAUUCGCUCUAUGUGCUCGACAACAACAUCGUGCUCCAGGUACUGGAAACCAGCCGGGUCCGGAUCGUGGCUGGCCGGCCCAUCCACUGCCAGGUGCCAGGCAUCAACCAUUACCUCCUGAGCAAGAUGGCCAUUCACUCCACGCUGGAGUCGGCCAGAGCCAUCGCUGUCUCCCACAGCGGCGUGCUGUACAUCGCCGAGACCGAUGAGAGGAAGAUCAACCGCAUACAGCAGGUCACCACCAACGGCGAGAUCUUCAUCUUCGCUGGCACCUCAACCGAAUGUGACUGCAAGAUCGACCCCAACUGCAAUUGCUUUUCAGGUGAUGGCGGCUAUGCCAAAGAUGGGAAACUGAAGACACCGACCUCCCUGGCCGUAUCUCCAGAUGGAACCCUGUACAUAGCGGACCUUGCCAACAUCCGUAUCCGGGCCGUGACCCGGAACAAACCCCGCUACAGCCGUUCCAACCUGUACGAGGUGGCUUCGCCCGCCGACCAGGAGCUGUACCUCUUCAACGUCAACGGGACUCACCUGAACACCUUGAACCUGAUAACGGGCGACUACAUCUACAACUUCAGUUACAACGGCGAGGGCGAUGUCAGCACCAUCUCUGGCAACAACGGCAACUCUCUCCACAUUCGCCGCGAUGCCAACGGGGCACCCCUCUGGCUCGUGGUGCCUGGGGGACAAGUGUACUGGUUGACCAUCAGCAACAACGGAGCCUUGAAAAGGGUAUCCACCCAUGGCAACGACCUGGCCAUGCUAACCUACCACGGCAACACUGGCCUGUUGGCAACGAAGAACAAUGAAAAUGGAUGGACAACAGUUUACGAGUACGACAGCGAUGGCCACCUGACAAAUGUGACGUUUCCAACGGGACAGGUCAGUACUUUCUACAGCGAGGUGGACAAAUCCGUACAAGUGGAGGCAAAUCUAUCAAACAAAGAGAACUUCGCUGUUACAACCAACUUCUCAGCUACCAAUGCAGCUUAUAUACUCAGGCAAGAGCACAUUCAAAACACCUACUGGGUUGGCCCCGAUGGCUCUUUACGAGUGACCUUUGCCAGUGGAAUGGAGUUGUCUCUACAGACCGAACCUCACCUGUUGGCCGGAGCAGCAAACCCUACAAUGGGAAAAUGUAACAUCUCAUUGCCCACUGAACACAAUCCUAACAUAGUGGAGUGGAGGCAGAGGAAGGAGCAGACAAAGGGGACUCUCGCCGUCUUUGGGAGGAGGUUCAGGGCUCACAACAGAAACCUGCUGUCCAUAGACUUUGACCGGGUCACCAGGAUCGGAAAGAUUUACGAUGACCACCGCAAAUUUACUCUCAAGAUCCAGUAUGACCGAUCGGGGCGGCCGGUUCUGUGGACACCCAGUAACAACUUCAACGAGGUCAAUGUCACCUACUCCCCAAUGGGCCUGGUUACAGGCAUGCAGAGAGGAACUUGGGUGGAAAGAAUGGAAUAUGAUCAGAGCGGCCGGAUUAUAUCCCGGGUGCUGGCAGAUGGAAAAAUAUGGAGCUACACUUACUCGGAAAAGUCUGUGACGCUCCUGCUGCACAGCCAGCGAAGAUACAUUUUUGACUACGAUCUGACUGAUCGACUUUACUCAGUCACCAUGCCCAGCAUGGUCCGACACACCAUGCAGACCAUUUGCUCCGUCGGGUACUAUAGGAAUAUCUACACUCCGCCUGAUGGCAGCGCCUCCGUCAUACAGGAUUACAUGGAGGACGGCCGCUUGCUCCAGACAUUAUUCCUUGGCACCGGGCGUAUGGUGGUCUACAAGUACACCAAACUGUCCAAGUUCUCCGAGAUUCUCUACGACACCACUCAGGUCAACUUCACCUACGACGAGGCUGCCGGUGUGAUUAAAACCAUCCAGCUGGUGCAUGAGGGAUUCACCUGCACGGUCCGAUUCAGGCAAACAGGUCCACUGGUGGCACGGCAGAUCUUUAGGUUCAGCGACGAAGACCUCGUCAACGCUCGGUUUGACUACAGUUAUAAUAACUUCCGGAUUACCAGCAUGCAGGCCAUGAUCAACGAAACCCCACUGCCCAUCGAUCUGUAUCGACAUGACGAUGUCUCUGGCCGGUCCGAGCAGUUCGGAAAGUUCAGCGUGAUCUACUACGAUCUCAACCAAAUCAUCACCACCACCGUCAUGACACACACCAAGAAGUUCAAUGCCAACGGCCAAGUGCGAGAAGUCCAAUUUGAGAUUCUCCGAUCCAUCACCUACUGGAUGACGGUCCAAUACGACAACAUGGGACGCAUGAUAGUGUGCGAAGUGAGAGUGGGUCCCGAUACCAAUCUCACAAAGCACUCCUACGAAUACGAUGCUGACGGGCAGCUCCAAACCGUGUCCAUCAACAACAAACCCCAGUGGCGAUACAACUAUGACCUGAACGGCAACAUUAACUUGAUGAGCUACGAAAACAGCGCCCAUUUAACCCCGCUAAGAUAUGACCUGCGAGACAGGAUCACCCGGUUCGGGGAGGUGCCGUACAAGACGGAUGAGGAUGGCUUCCUCCAGCAGCGAGGAGACACCAUAUUCGACUACAACUCCAACGGCCUGCUCGACAGAGCGUACAGUGCCAUCGCAGGCUGGAGCGUGCUGUACCGCUACGACGGGUUAGGGAGGCGCGUCGCCCAGAAAACAAACGCCGGCCAACACCUGCAAUUCUUUUACGCCGACCUCAUUAACCCAACCAGAGUCACUCACAUUUACAACCACACCAACUCUGAGAUCACGUCACUCUACUACGACCUCCAGGGCCAUCUCAUCGCCAUGGAGAUCAGCAAUGGCGAAGAGUUUUACGUGACCUGUGACAACACAGGAACCCCCCUGGCUGUCUUCAGCAAUUCUGGACAGGUCAUUAAACAGAUGCAAUACACGCCUUAUGGAGAUAUCUACCGGGAUACCAACGCAGAUUUCCAAGUGAUUAUUGGUUUUCACGGAGGGCUUUACGACCCCCUGACCAAGCUCUUGCAUUUAGGCCGCCGUGAUUAUGACGUUGUGUCUGGCCGUUGGACAACGCCAAACUACGAUCUCUGGAAGGACUUAAAUAACAAUCUCUUUCCAUUCAACCUGUAUUCAUUUAAAAGUAACAACCCGGUCAGCACUGUUCAGGACAUCGCACAAUUCACUACAGACAUUGGAAGCUGGCUGGAGCUGUUUGGAUUUCAGUUGCACAAUGUGGUUCCUGGAUUCCCAAAGCCUGAAAUGAACGUCAUGGAAGCGACGUAUGAACUUCUGAAAACUCAAACCAGAACACAAGACUGGGAUCCCAGCAAGGUUGUGCUGGGCAUACAGUGCGAACUGCAGAAGCAGCUGAAAAGCUUCAUCUCCCUGGAGCGGCUGCCCCAGGCCUACAUCAGGAACUACCACAAAUGCCAGGACAAGCGGCCGAGGUUUGCGGCGGUCGCCUCCGUCUUCGGCAGGGGGGUCAAGUUCGCCGUGAAGGACGGCCAGGUGACGGCCGACAUCAUCGGGGUGGCCAGCGACGACAGCAGGCGUAUCGCCGCCAUCCUGAACGGGGCCGACUACCUGGAGAACCUCCACUUCACCGUGGACGGCCGGGACACGCACUACUUCGUCAAGUCGGGGCCGCUGGAGGAAGACCUGAUCAUCGUCGGCAACACGGGGGGAGGCCGCGUGCUGGAGAACGGCGUCAACGUGACCGUCUCCCAGAUGACCUCGGUGGUGAACAGAAGGACUAGAAGGUUCGCAGACAUUCAGCUGCAGUACGGGGCCCUGGGCUUCAACAUUCGCUACGGCGCCACCAUCGACGAGGAGAAGGUCCACGUGCUGGAGAUGGCCAGGCAGCGGGCAGUAGACCGUGCCUGGGCAAAGGAACAGCGGCGGCUGCAAGAGGGGGAGGUAGGGGCGAGGCCCUGGACUGAUGGGGAGAGGCCACAGCUGCUGAGCAAUGGACGAGUGCAAGGCUACGACGGCUAUUUUGUAUUGCCCGUGGAACAGUUUCCGGAUCUUUCCGACAGUGCCAACAACAUCCAGUUCAUGAGACAGAGUGAAAUAGGAAAAAGGUAACGGCGUGGGAAAGCCUGCCUUUCAGUCACCAAAGACUGCCUGUUUUUCAAAACAUUUAUUGAUUUGCUGUACUCUUUUUCUAGAAUGAUAUCCUGUACAUAUUGUGAUGGAGAAAUGUCGAUUUUCAAGCUGCCUUCAAAUGUGAUAAAAAAUAUGGUAUUUGAAUAAUACCAUUGUUUAGCAUUCCUUUGAGAGGUUGGAAACUGAUCGGGCUCAUAAUCAGACGUCACACCAGGGGUGAUCAGUCCAGAUCAGACAUAAAUCUAUACUAUAGUUCCUGAUUACACUAGUAGGAGUUGAGUGCAUUCAUUAAAUACUGUACUUUGUCCCUAAUGUACAACGAGAAAAAUGCCAACUGUGUUCCUCGCAAGAGUUCAGAGUCACUUAUUUUCUGUCACACAAUGACUGUCCACGGAUACAUGGCAUUACUGGGCGACAUAGGAUAGCUAAAGAUGUUUAAUUUUGAUAUUCUUUAUUUUUUAUUUAAUUGUGAAUGGUCUAUAAUACUGUGAGCAAGAAGACUAUGUCGAUCGGUGUGUAAUGCACAGUACACCUAUUUUAAACUGCUUUUGGUGGUGGGUGGUAGUGAAAGGCUGAUGUUCAUUAUUUUCCCAGUAAAAAAACAUAUCUUUGUUGUUCACCAUUAAAAAAAAAACAGUUAUUUCCUCAAUUAAAAAAAUCAAUUUGAUGGUGUAAUUGCUAGUUUAAAGAGCAAUUUGGUUUUAUUUUUCAGGUAUAACCAUACCAAGAGGUAUACAUUGAGAUGUGACUUCUUCACUAACUUUUGUGUAAUUAAUUUUAGAAUGUAGUCUUGGCCUGACCCCAGUACAUAUUUACAAUAUGCGCAGGGCAAGCCGGACAAGUUGUUAAUAUUUUUAAUUAUGUUGUAAAGUUCCUGGUAAACACUAUUAAUGCCAGCCAUUGCGACCUGCUAAUUGUUACGUGUUUUCAUGUACUAAGUAUGCAAUCUGCAUUCAAAAGCAAGAUAUGAUGGACAUUAGUUCUGGAUUUGUGGAAUCAACUGAUUCUGUAUGGAAGUUUAUAAAUAAAUGUAGCGCAAUGGGGCUGGAUAUUAAAUCUCAUUCAUUCACCAAUAGUUGAGUGAAUCAAUGCAGGACUAUGCCAAAAUGUGAUGUUGCUCAACUUCUCACUGGUCAAGAGUGGUUUAUUGUCAAAUGUCCCAGACAGAGCAAUGAAAAUUCUUACUUGCAGCAAGCACAAUAUACAAACAUAUG